AUAGUACUAAUUACGAAAUUAACUAAUGUGUUAUUUUAUAAAAAUAUUUAAAAUUUUAAGUAAGAUUUUGUUAGAUUCUUUUCAACAGAUUUUGUUAUAAUUAAAAAAUAAUAAAAUUGAAUUUAUAGUUGCUUAUUACUAAUGUAAAUAAUCAAAUAUGUCAUAUUAACAAAUUCUUUAAGUGGUCAUAUUAUGACUUGUUAAUAUUAGAUAAAAAUAGGAUCCUAAAUUAAUAGAUUAGAUAUAUUAGUUAUUUUGGGAUUUAGUAUAAAAAAUAUUCAAAAUAACUGGAAAUAUCCAAAAAAAUCAGAAUAACCAAAGAAAAUGUUUGAAAUAGCCAAAAAUACAAAACUUCAGAAAUUUAAAUAUUUGCUAGUUCUUCAUCCAAAUUUCCAGACCGAACCAAUUUUCAUAUUAAUUUUAAUACUUGGUCAUAUAAUAUUUAAAUUUAUAUGUUAGAUUAUCUUUAUUUGCUAAUGUUAGAGAAUUUAAGAUAUAUUGGAGUUUAAUCUUGUACAUAAUUUAAAUGUAUUUCCCAAAACCUACUAGGAUUUUAAUUGAACCGAAACUAAAAUUUAUAAAUAUCAUAAUAAAGCCUAAAUUUUCAGUUCUUGAAAACUCGAAACCCAAAAUCUAAGUAGUCUCAAACCGAAUCCAAACGAAUAUCCAAACGUCCAUCUAUAGUUUUACCUUUUUGAGUAACUCAAACAUCUCAACGCCCAACAUAGUGCGUUAACCAUGAAAUUGGUUUUUGUUAAUUAUAAAGUUUCAUCGUUUUUAUUUCCCUCCAUGGAUUACUAUGUUCACUCUCUAUAUUCAAAUAAAGAUUUAUUUAUUAUAUUAUUUCCGAUUCAUUUCUAUAUAUUUUUAAAAAAUAAUCAAACUCUAUUAUAUUUGUGAUUUAUUCCAAUGUAUACAUUUAUAAUAAAGUUCUUAUAUUUUAGAAAAUAGUUAUAUAUUUUAUAUUUAGUUUUGGAAUUAAAUUAUUAACACAUAAUAUAACAUAUUUAUUUUAUAGAUUGUCGUUUGGAUUUCAUUUUGGUUUGUUUUAUUAAUAAACUUUACUAAGUAUAUUUGGGCUAUUUUGACAAUAUUCGAUAAACCGGGCCGAGAGAAAAAGUUCCAAAUGGACCUUACUAAAAACCGAUUAAGCCCAUACUAUAACUGAUUAGUCCGGGAAAAAUAACAUCCGCAUGUAUAAAUAUCAUUCUAUCAUUCUAACGACUUUUUAAAAUUUUAAGUUACUUUUUUAAGAUAAACAUUUAAUAAACGAUUUUCUUCUAUGUUUUUCAAUGUUCUUCAUUACAAUUAGAUCGUCAACCGAUCUUCAAAAUCAAGAGAUUGAAAGCUACAUAUGUUAUGCAUGUUUCUCAAACCUCAAUAACAUUACCUCAGCUGAUCAAUGAAUAUAUCAUGUUUCUAUAUCAUUCAACUCAAAACCUCUUGGUAAUCACAGCUAAUGAAAAGUUAAUCAGGCCACUAGUACAUAUGAAGAUUGAAAAGGGGAUAUAUCUGAUAAAAGGGGAUGUAAAUCAAAUUAGUUCUCCAAUAUUACGAUAUCCAUUAAUGCUAAAACUUUAUUGAUUAAUUUCAGUGUCAAAUCUGUGUAAUAAAGGACAAAGUAACAGCCUCAUGAUAGCCGCCGCAGAGCCACGAAAAUAAAAGUGUACGAAAAUUCUUUACUCGUAGGAGUAAAAAAAAACAUAACUGACUCACUUUCGCGUCAAAACAUUGGAUCGUGAGACAUAUAGCUAAGGAAAAAAACACACAUGUAGCAGCAUCUUUCUUUCACUUACUCUCAUACACAUACGUCGCGCUGACCUAGUUACGUUACUCGGAUCGCUGACGUGUACGGUCUAGAUUAAACUGAACAUUCAACUAGAUUCUCCUCGUCGCUUAUAAUUAACAUCUAAUCUCUCUCUCUCUCCUUUCGUCAUUAUAUUUUUUUUUUUACAAUCUCUCAAGCUCGUCGGCGUCGGGAGAAAAAAAAACAAAAUCUCAAAAUUGGAUCUGGAUUUGAAAAAAAAAAAGCAAAAGAGAUUUGAAAAUCUCCGAUCGAGAAUUUGAAUUUGAAUUUCUUAACUUGAAACCUCUGUUUCUUUUUUGAAUCAACGGAUUAAAACCCUAAUUUUCCGUUAUUGAGAUCGAAUGGGGAACGAUGAGGAUUUGAUUGUGUUGGCGGCGGGUGUGGAGGAUGGAGAGAUCGCUGCUGCGUCGGGGAACAAUCCGAUUGAAGUUAGGCAGAGUACGGUGGCUGAUGGCGGAGAUGUCGAUGUUGGCGCUGUGGCCGGAGGAGGAAGAGGAGGAGGAUUUGACGGCAAUUCUAGGGUUUGGACAAUGCGUGAUUUGAUGACGAAGUAUCCUGAGUACCGCGGAUACGCGAACUCGGGUUUGUCGAACUUCGCUUGGGCGCAAGCUGUGCAGAACAAGCCGCUGAGUGAAGGUUUGGGGAAGGAGUAUGAGAGGAGAGAGAGUGGUGAUAAGAUUGUGAUUGAAGACAGUGAUGAUGAGAAGGAGGAAGGAGAGUUGGAGGAAGGGGAGAUUGAUUUGGACUCUGGUUCAACAAGAGAUGAUGAGAUGGAAAAUGAGUCUCUUGUUGUCUUGACAAGUGUUGCUGACGAAGUGGAAGAUGAUAGGGUUCGGAAGGAGAGAGAGUUGGAGAGUAAAGUGAAAAUGAUCCGUGAUGUGUUGGAGAGUACGUCCUUGGUUCAAGCGCAGAUAGCAUUUGAAGGAGUGUGUUCCAGACUUUUGGGUGCUUUGGAGUCUUUGCGAGAGCUUGUUUCUGACAAUGAUGAUUUUCCGAAGAGGGAUACUUUAAUGCAAUUGUCAUUUGCUUCUCUUCAGACCAUCAACUCUGUGUUUACCUCCAUGAACAAUAUGUCCAAGGAGCUUAAUAAGGAUACUAUGUCAAGAUUGGUAUCUCUGGUAAAUGACCAUUGUUCCAGGUUUCUCUCAUCUAACCAGAGAAUUGAGAUAGAGUCCAUGAAUCAAAAUUUAAGACGUUCUGCUAUUCCACUUAACGUUGGAGCCAGCAGUGAGGAGAAUGUUAACCGAAUGACUCAGACAAGUAAUGGUGAUUUGUUUCCUGCAAAGAAUCUGUCUACAGAAGGUACCCGUAGAGGAGCCUUCUACGCAAGAAGCAGGCUGCCUCUGCUAGACCUUCAUAAGGACCAUGAUGCAGACAGCCUUCCAUCGCCCACAAGGGAAACAACACCAAGUUUACCCGUAAAUGGUCGCCAUAUGAUGGUUAGACCAGGUUUCCCCUUUGGUAAAGAGGGCCAAACGAGUGAAGGUGCCAAAGUCCAUCAUCCAUAUGAGAGUGAGGCCCUUAAAGCAGUUUCGAAUUACCAGAAAAAAUUUGGAGUUAAUUCAUUAUUUAAAUCAGAUGACCUUCCAAGCCCAACACCGUCAGGAGAACCUAAUGAAGGCAAUGGAGGCACUGGUGGCGAAGUUUCUAGUUCUGUUGUUGCCAGUACAAAGCCGGGUACUCUCAUGACUUAUGGGCAAGACGUUCCUCUCCCCUCCACUUUUAGUUCUAGAAGCAUGCCUGUUGCAAAUGCUGUAUCUAGCAGCACUGUUCCACCACAUCCUUUGUCCAUUUACGGUAUGUCUGCACCAACUGGUGCAACUCAAACAGUUGUUGCAUCUGAUCAGACAGUGAAACCUUCUGCAAAGAGUCGAGAUCCAAGACUACGGCUUGCAAAACCUGAUGGUGCCGCCAGUGUAACCAUUAGUCCUAGAGUAGUGCCUUCUACAGAAUUGGUGAACCAAAGAAAGCAAAAAGCCACCAGUGAACUUUUUAUUGAUGGGCCUACAUGGAAAAGAAAAAAGAGUGAUAAUGAUGCGCAAAAGGCUGCUAAUAUUGGUGGCUGGCUAGAGGAUACAGAAUCAUCAGGGCACCCAAAACUGGAAUCCAAGCCCAGGAUGAUUGAGACCGGAGUAACAUCUAUGAAAACAAGUGUUAUGCCAACGAAUGCUGUCUCUGUGACUCCAAAAGUAACUACGGCAACUUCAACUGAAGCACUGUCAUCUCUUUUUAAGGAUUUUGCAGAAAACUCUACAAUGCUUAAUCCUACAAUGAUUAUGAAUAUCCUUAAAAUGGGACAAAGGCAAACGGUACCUGAGAAAGCUCCUCAGAAGCCAGUGGAUCCAAGAAGAGCAGCACAACUUCCUGGAUCUUCUUCCGUACCACCAGUGGUAGCUCCACCAGUUAGUAUACCUGCAUCGAAUGCGUUACCUGCUAAUUUUCCACAGCCAGGAGCGCCUAAGGAUGAAUCUGGAAGCAUUCGCAUGAAACCACGUGAUCCUCGCCGAAUCCUGCUUGGAAGUACUGUUCAAAGAACAGACUCUGUGGCAGAGAAACAGUCCAAACUAAAUGACUCCUCCACUCUGAAGGGUAAGACAGAAGUGUUAGAAACACCUUCCCAGCUCGUUCCACGGCAGAGUAUUAGCCUGAAUGGUACCAGCAACAUGAGAGUUUCUGGUGAACCUGUCAGAGGAAAGACACCUGACUUCACCAAAAAUCUGAAAAAUGUUGCUGAUAUGUCUGUCUUAUCACAACAAGUUGGCAAUCCAUUAGCAACUACACAUGCAGCAGACCUUAAGACAGACAAAGAUCAGGAGGAGAGUGCGUCAGUUUCAGCAGCAUCAGUAACGGCUGCAGCUGGUCCCACUCGUUCCAUGAACAGUUGGGGAGAUGUGGAACACCUGUUUGAAGGAUAUGAUGACAAGCAGAGAGUAGCUAUCCAAAAAGAGAGAACUCGAAGGUUAGAGGAACAGAAGAAAAUGUUUGGAUCAAAAAAGCUCUCUCUUGUCUUAGAUUUAGACCACACCCUUCUCAACUCAGCUAAGUUUCAUGAGGUUGAAACCGCCCAUGAGGCGAUGUUGAGGAAGAAGGAAGAACAAGAUCGUGACAAACCAUAUAGACAUCUCUUUCGCUUCCCCCACAUGGGAAUGUGGACUAAACUGAGACCAGGGAUUUGGAAUUUUUUGGAGAAGGCUAGCAAGCUGUACGAGUUACAUCUUUACACUAUGGGCAACAAAUUGUACGCUACAGAGAUGGCCAAACUGCUUGAUCCUGAAGGGGUUCUGUUUAAUGGGCGAGUCAUAUCGAAAGGAGAUGAUGGAGAUCCUCUUGAUGGAGAUGAAAGAGUACCCAAGAGCAAAGAUUUAGAAGGAGUUAUGGGCAUGGAAUCGUCUGUUGUGAUCAUAGACGACUCUGUCCGAGUGUGGCCUCAUAACAAAAUGAACUUAAUAGUUGUUGAAAGAUAUACUUAUUUUCCUUGCAGUAGACGGCAGUUUGGGCUUCUUGGUCCUUCUCUUCUUGAGGUAGAUUUCGAUGAGCGACCUGAGGAAGGCACAUUGGCAUCUACAUUAGCGGUUAUUGAGAGAAUACAUAAAAACUUCUUCUCUCACACUUCACUAGACGAAGCAGAUGUGAGGAAUAUUUUAGCUUCCGAGCAACGGAAGAUCUUGGCUGGUUGUCGGAUUGUGUUUAGUCGGAUAUUUCCAGUGGGUGAAGCCAACCCGCAGUUGCAUCCCUUGUGGCAGACUGCUGAGCAGUUUGGUGCUGUCUGCACAACACAGGCUGAUGAACAUAUCACUCAUGUUGUCACAAACUCUCUCGGAACUGACAAGGUGAAUUGGGCAUUAAGCAGGGGUAAAUUUGUUGUUCAUCCUGGCUGGGUGGAAGCAUCAGCGUUUCUGUACCAGAGAGCAAACGAAAGCAAUUUUGCCAUCAAACCUUAAAUACCAAAAUGCAUUUCCCGCCUGCCAAAUAUCAUCAUCCCCACCAUAUGAUUCAAUUUGACAUUUGUUAUGGCCUGAAAACCCCAAUAGGUCAUAUCGGUUUUGAUUAGGCAAAGCCCCGGUGGGUACAUAUGCAUUCAUUUGCCCCCAGAAAGUGGCAGAUUUCAUUAAAAUGCCAAAAGUACUGGGGGUGACGGGGGUGGGGGAUUUAAACAAAACGAACUUCAAGUUGUGUCUACUAACUUUGGGGGGAGGGGGAGGGGGAGGGGGAAGGGGAAAUGAUCAGUCUUUGGUUAUAAAAAUAUUACACCAGAGAGACCCAGUAGAAAGUGAUGAUGGGUCAGGAUCAUGUUCAAUUUUGGUCCCUCUUCUGUUGAAUGUUGUUGAUUCAUGACAGAGUCAGGUUUGCUUGUUGUGCUAUGUAAUGCACUUGUGGGAAGCAAACGUGGCAAAAGACAACGGACAAUAAAAUGCUUAGUUUAAUGACUGAAAAAAAACUUUGAUUGAAAUGUUCAUAUGCCUUAUUAAUCCCCAGAAUUAAAUGUGGUGGAGAAAGCAAAUUCAUUGAGACAAGUCAAUCUCGUUAUUGCUUGACCAAGUUAGUCAUAAUAGAGCCUUUUGACCUAGAAAAGACUUCAAUCUCUCUAACUUUAUG